AUGCGUCUUUACACAACUCCAGCAGCAGCAGCAGCAGCAACGGGAAAGAAACCUUCACAAAAACAUACACCUUCAUUUACAACAAUCGACCAAGCUGAAGUACAAAAGUUUAGCGAAAAAGCAGCCGAAUGGUGGAAUCCUUCGGGCGAAUUUGGCAUGUUACAGUUACUCAAUCCUCCGCGCGUGGCGUAUGUACGAGACCAACUCGUAGGAGGGGAGAAGCAAGCAAAAGACUCGAGUCAUCCAUUACAAGGCAAGCGUAUGCUGGAUAUCGGAUGUGGAGGAGGACUCUUGACGGAGUCAUUGGUUAGGUUAGGUGCGAAUGUAGUAGGUGCAGAUGCCUCUUACGACAAUAUCCAAAUGGCCAAGGUGCAUGCACGCACAGAUCCCAGCCUAUGGCGUGGUCCAGGCUCUUUUGAUUACAGACACACGACGGCCGAAGAGAUUCUCAGUCAAGGCGAAUCGUUUGAUACCGUCUUGGCCAUGGAGAUCAUCGAACAUGUCAACCAGCCCUUGCAGUUUCUACGUACCUGUGCCCAACUGGUGAAGCCAGGGGGGGAUAUGUUUUUAUCUACCAUGUCACGUACACCCAUUGCCUAUCUUCUCACUGUUUUGCUCGCUGAGAAGGUGCUGGGAUUGGUGCACGAAGGAACGCAUGAGUGGAGUAAAUACAUCAAGAGUAAAGAGCUGGUCGAGGCCAUCGAGUCGUUCAAUCACAAGGAAGGCGAAUGGCGCGUUGACGAUAUCCGGGGCAUUUCUUGGGACCCGUUGAGGAGGCAAUGGAAAUUGGCCGAGAGAAAUGGUCUGGUUGGAUUUGGAGGAUUUGAGUCUUUGGAAGUGAACUAUAUAUUGAGAGCGUCCAAGAAGAAGAAGAAGAAGCAAGACGAUGACGUGGUCAAACCAACAAACGGCAAAUAA